AUGGCAGUGGGUCUACGAAAUGGUAGAGACCUAGAUCUGGAGCAAGAGAUUACUCACGAAAGCCGACCUACUAAAACACGUAUGCCAGUACCCAUUGAGAUAGAUGAUUCAACAUGGUUAACUGAGGUGACGGUACAACAUGCACAAGAGAGCACAAGCAAAGAAAAAGAGGUUGUGAAGGAGACUGAGGUAGCACAAAAAACGACAGUAGAAGCAGUUCCUAAGCAAGAUAAAACUCAAAUCACAAGAAAGAAGCGGCCUCCAACACCAUUCCCGCAGAGAUUGACCAAAUAUCAGAAGGACGAGCAAUAUAAGAAAUUCAUGGAGAUAUUGAAACAAAUACAUAUGAACAUUCCACUGAUUGAUGCAUUACGGGAGAUGCCUGGGUAUGCCAAAAUGAUGAAAGAUUUAAUGUCUCGCAAAUUCGACUUCCAAGUCCUGUCCACUGUUACAUUGACACAGACCUGCAUUGGAAGAGCUAGACCCACGUCCAUAUUGCUACAGCUAGCUGACCAGACAGUGAAGAGGCCCUGUGGUAUCCUUGAUGAUGUAUUAGUACAGGUUGGGAAGUUUGUAUUCCCAGCAGAUUUUGUCAUUCUAGACUGUCGGGUUGUCGAGGAGAUUUUCAUAAUUUUGGGAAGACCUUUCUUGGCCACUGGGAGAGCUUUAAUUGACUGUGAAACUGGAGAGCUCAAAUUGAGACUAAAUGAUGAAGAAAUAGCAUUCAACGUGCAGAAAUCUAUGCGGAGACCAAGUGAAUUUGCUAAUUGCUCUCUAAUAGAAGUCGUGGAUGUAAUUUCGUAG